GAGGCUCGUCGUCUUUGCGUCACUCUGGCGGUACAGACCGACCGUCUCCGUCAGCACCUCCGCGGUAACCUGUGCUGCUGGGGAGCGGCUUCACUACAACUUGUAGAUUUCCUACAUGGAAACGGAGAGUCUGCUGAGCGGGACCGCGAACGGAGCCUCCGGGGACUAUGGCUCCCGGUCGGGCACGGAGCACAGAGGGGCCCCGGGCAGCAGACGGAUGUCGUACUCUGUGUCCAGGGAGUCGUGCAGUGUUGAGAGAGACACAGAUGAGGAGGACCUCUACAUCCAACAAGCUGUUGUAUUCAUAGAGGAUGCCAUACAGUACCGGUCCAUCUACCACCGAGUAGAUGCCAGGUCACUCCGCCUAUAUCGAUGGUACUACUCCAGAAUAUGCCAAUGGGGCCUGGGCCUGACCAUUGCGGUGGUGUUGUUGCUGGCAUUUGUGGAGCGCCCAUCUUCCCUUUCUGUCUCCUCGGACCCCCGGAGUCGCUCUCCAGCUAUUGAGCCUCCUUGUGGCUUAACUGAGAGCAUUGAGAUGGUCUGCCUCAUCAUCUUCUGCCUUGAUCUUGCUGUCAAGAGCUAUUUGAUUGGCUGGGAGGAAUUAAGGAAGAACAAAUGGCUGAUCGGCUACACUGUAGUCAUUUCAGUCUCUAUCAUUGACUGGGUGUUGUCUGUCAGCAUGGAGUGUGAUGAGAAACUGAGAGUACGGAGGCUCCUCCGACCAUUCUUCCUUCUGCAGAACUCUUCUCUGAUGAAAAAGACACUGAAGUGCAUCAAGAGAACUCUGCCGGAGAUUGCCAGUGUAAUUCUGCUGCUGGCGCUUCAUCUCUGCCUCUUUACCAUGAUUGGCAUGCUGCUGUUUGCUAAGACCGAGGAUCCAAAGAAGAACGGGGAGUGGGAGUUACAUUUUCGAAACCUGCCUAAUUCUCUCACCUCUUUGCUGGUGCUGCUCACCACAGCCAACAACCCAGACGUGAUGAUCCCUGCCUACUCUCAAAACAGAGGCUACGCCAUUUUCUUCAUCACCUUCAGUGUCAUUGGAACCUACUGCCUGAUGAACUUACUGACAGCCAUCAUCUACAACCAGUUCAGGGGUUAUUUACUGAUGUCGGUUCAAACGUCCAUCAUCAGGAGACGGCUGGGUAUCCGGGCAGCUUUCCAAGUCCUCAGCUGUCAGGGAGCCGAACGACCUGUUGAGGAGCGCGUGUGUGUUGAUGCUGUGCUGACAGUGAUGUCCAGAGUCAAGAUGAAAACCUACUAUCGAGCGGCCAUCACAACGGUGGCGCAGCAGUACACAGAGGUCAGCUACAUGAAUCGAGAGCAGUUCAGUAAAAUGUUUGAUGAACUGGAUAAAGAUUGCAUCAAGGAGCACCCUCCUUUACCUCAGUACAGAUCUCCAGCCCUGCAGAGACUCCAGGUGAUCUUCAGUCACUACUAUCUCACUAUACUUGGCAACGCGGUGGCCCUGGCCAAUGUUGUGUGCAUAUGUACUAUCUUGGUGUUGAAUUCCGAAAAGUCCACAGCAGAGAGAGACAACUUCAUUUUGGAGAUCAUCAACCUGUGCUUCAUCCUCUACUACCUGUUUGAAAUGUGUGUGAAGAUCUUUGCCUUCGGCUGGAUAGGAUACCUGUCCUACAGAAACAACAUCUUUGAUGGCUUCCUCACCAUCCUGUUAUUGGCCCUACAGAUCACCAUAUUCAUCACCUACAGGCUUCCUUAUUCCCAGUGGGAUCCCUCCACCCAUGGUGUGAUGUCUCUAUGGGAGAUGGUUCGUUUGGUUAACAUGCUGAUUGUGUUCCGUUUCCUGCGCAUCAUCCCUGAUAUCAAGCUCAUGGCUUUGGUUGCAAGUACACUGUUGGAUCUGGUUAAAAACCUCCGAGCGUUUGCAGGGAUACUAGUGGUGGUGUACUAUGUGUUUGCUGUGUUUGGGAUCUGGCUGUUUGAAGGUGCCAUUAAACCUCCUCCAGGCACGAGUGUGCUCUCCAAUACUUCUAUGCAGAACAUCACCACUAACUUUAGCAUGGAGUGUGGCACCUAUGAACAGCUGGGCUACUGGCCAAACAACUUUGACGACUUUGCUGCAGCCAUUAUUUUGCUCUAUGACGUCAUGAUAGUGAACAACUGGCAAGCCUUCAUGGACGCAUACAGCAGAUACACCACAGAGUGGUCCAAGAUCUACUUUGUAUGUUGGUGGCUCACCUCCUCUGUCAUGUGGGUCAACUUGUUUGUGGCGCUCAUCUUGGAGAACUUCAUCUACAAGUGGGAUCGCAGUCACAGCUGCUCUGUUACAGAUGUGGAUAGGAUAAGAUAUGAAACCUCGGUUCAGUUUAUGUUCAGGGAGCAGGUCCAAGAGCCAACAGAAGAAGAAUUAGUUUGUCAGCUACACCAGCACCCCCACUUACACCUUCAGUGGUGACAAACCUACCUGCAGCACAGAGUUAGGACACUGCUACUGAAGUGUAGCACAGGAGCACUGAAGGGUCAAUAUUCAAGCUUUCUACUACUAGGUUAUUUUAGGUAUGUUUUAUUGUAAUUCCUUUUACUGAAACAAGUAGAAAGGACAUUUUAUUUUAUUAUUUGUCUUUUUGUUUGUGAGUAAAACCACUGUGAGCUACAGAUUCAUUUGUACAGAGAUUACCAAAAUACUCUAUAGCAUCUAUUAGAGUAUUUGCAGUUAGUCUACAAUCAAAUCAAACUUUAAAUAAAUCUAACAAAAGCU